GGAGCAGCUGCAGCCGCUGGGCCGAGCAGGGAGGAUGGCCGGGGGGCGCCUCCCGGGGCUGCUCUUCAUCUUGCACGCCGCGGCUCGCCUGGCUGCCGAGCAAGAAGUUGAAAACCUGUCCGGGCUCUCCCCUAACCCCGAAAAGGACAUUUUCGUCGUGCGGGAAAACAGGACGACGUGCCUCAUGGCGGAAUUCGCCGCCAAGUUCCUCGUCCCUUACGACGUGUGGGCCAGCAACUACGUGGAUCUGAUCACGGAGCAAGCCGACAUCCCGCUGUCGCGGGGCGCCGAGAUGAAGGGCAAGUGCGGCACCAACGAGUCGGAGCUGGAGAUCUCCUGGCUGGAGCAAGCGUACACCCUCAAACUCUUCUUCCUGAAGGAGGGUCACAACACGUCCCGGGGCCAGGAGGCUUUCUGGAGGCUCGGCCGGAUCCAGUUCGCCUACGACACCUCUGAGCGCACCUACUUCAAGGACGCCGUCAGCCCUGGGAAGCACACAGCCAACUCGCACCGGCUCUCUGCCCUGGUCACCCCAGCUGGGAAGUCCUACGAGUGCCAGGCACAGCAGACCAUCUCCCUCAUCUCCAGCGACCACCAGAAGUCUGUGCAGCUUUUGCUGUCUGAAGUCCGCAUCCAGCCCUUCGACAUCACUGCAGAUUUUGUCUUCAGUGAAGGUAAGGCACCGGGCGAAGACAUGUUCUGCAUCCCCAACGUGCUGCCACUGCCGCAGCCUUUGGGGACGUCAUUUGCUCAGGGAAUUUGGGUCCCACCUUUAUCACAGCACCAUCUCCUCCCUCCAGUGAGUUGUGAGUGCUCCCUGAAGUCCCUCCAAUCCCUUCCCUGUCUCCAUGGUUUCCAAAGCCUUUAUGAGCUUAGCCCAGCUGUUAUUUGGUCGCAAUGCAUGCUGUCAUUGCAUGUAGGUUGGCUUCUGUAAGGCCUCAUCUGGCUGGGUUGCCAGCAAGCAAUGGUGCUGCCUGGUCUCCAGAGAGCCCUGCAGGUAGGAACAUCUUAGCAUCACCAAAGGUGCUUUUGGGACAGCUCCAGGGGCUUUUUAGGGCCACUGCAUGUUGGGGAAGGAUUGGUGCUGUAGUGGAAGGAAAUAUUUGCGAUGCACAUUGCUGGCUUCAUCUCAAUUAAUGCUCUUUGCAUGGGUGAAAGAAGUGUAAAAGAGAUUUCAUCAAGCGACCAUUAGGUGCUCUUCUCUGUGUUCAUGAUUUAGGCAAGAUGUUUUGGGGAGGUUGGUAGUUGGGGAUAUCUGCAUGGGGAGCUGCCCAUGGCAUAGUGAGGAGGAGGGUGGCAGGAACAAGAUGAAGGCAGUGGCUCAGCAGCAGAAGGCCAUGAAGGUUUAGUCCUUGACAGGAUGAGCUGUCUGCCUUGUGGUUUACCUUUAGGGGUUGUGAUGGUGUAGGGAUGUCCCUGUAGCCAGACUGCAGGUCUGCUGCUGGGUGCAGAGAGGGGAUGAUUGAAACCCUGACCGUGUCUGAAGUCCUGGGGUGCUGCUGUGAUCAGCAUUAUGCUGAGGCUGACCAAGGGAGGAAAACAGCUUUUCUCGGUCAAGUCUGUAAAUGUGAGCUGGAACCACAGAGGAAGCCAAGGGUGGAAAGAAAAUGACCGGAAGCCUUGUCCGGGGCAGCUGGGUGUGUGGGGCACCUCGUAUGCCAAACACGGGGGGCGCUGUCCCUCCUCUCAGGUUUCUUAAAUGUUAAUUGAGGGUAAAAGAAAAAAGUGAGUUAACACAUGCUGUUUGAAUCGCAGGGUCUCACUGGAGUCAGUAAUAUCACCAGGGGGCAAAUUCCUGCAGGUUCUGCUUUCCUUUGUCCUGAGGAAGGCACGGAGCUCCUCCUGCCCCACUGCCAGCUGCCUUUUCCAUCAGGUUGAAUGAGGGAGUGUAAGCACGCUCACCUCAGUUAGGGCUUUGACACUAGUUCCCUCUUUAUACUGCUGCUUUAGCAAAGUGGUUAACUCCAUUAUUAUAAUAAGUUGCAAAUAAAAUAUAUAAUAGCCAGAUCUUUUAAUAAUCAGCUAGAAGGUGGUGGUGUUAUUUUCAAGACCAGCAUUAAAAACAUGGGGCUUUAUUAUUUUGCAUGUAGGAAAUAUUUUAGAACACAAUAGAAACCCAUCACUGACUACAGAGCCGAGCACUUACACUCAUGACUCACAUUCCUCUCACUGGUGUAGUAAAUACUUGCUAUUGUGUACGCUGGCUCUGGCAGCGCUCCGCACAGCUGAAUUACUCAUGGCGAGGCCAGCGUUGUACGGAGUUGGUUUUAUCGUGGGCACAAAUAAAUCUGUUUUCUAUAGAAGUAGUAUCACAUUUUGCAUAGGCUGCAGGGAGAAAAAGGCAAAACUUCAUAGUCUCCUAUCAUUUUUGGUGGCAAAUCUUCGUCUUCUCCCUCUUCCUGGGGCUCCAGGCUCCCUGCAUUCAGGGAGCCCUUGAAGGACAUUUAAAAUAUGCAAGUCUGGACUCAGGUUUAGCUGCUGUGUCUGUGUGCUACCAGACUUGUGAGGUCUGAUAGCUCCCACUUGAAACAACCAGGCUCAGGGUUAAUUGCCAGCGGGGACUGCAUCCAUUUUUCAUGAUACCCUGUUUUGGCAUCAGGCUGUAA